AUGUUCUACUGGAUGCCCUCCAAGGCAAACAUUGCCACCGCUACAGCUUCAAAUACGCUUUAUAAGCCCGCAAAGCGACCCGUUGGCUUGUUCUUUGGUGGAACGUCUGGAAUUGGACAAGCAAUGGCCGAACAAUUUGCGCGUCAAACCAAUGGACGAGCUCAGAUUGUCCUCCUUGGUCGAAACGAGCAGGCUGCUAGGGCGAUCAUUGACGGCUUUCCGAAAACGGAUUCUUCGACGCCGGAAGAAGAUUCUUCCAAGUAUUCGUUUAUCAAAGUCGACGCAACGUCCAUGGCUCAAGUGCGGGAAGUGACCGCCAAGCUCUUGAAUGAGCUAGAGAAAGUCAAUUAUAUCGUCGCCACGGCAGGGUUCGUCACGCUCAAAGGGCGCGACGAGACGAGUGAAGGCAUUGACAAAAAGCUCGCGUGUCACUUUUACGCACGGUUUCGGUUCAUCUACGACUUGAUGCCACUGGUGGACAAAGCGGCAAACGAUGGAGAGGAGACUGGGGUGAUAAGUGUGUUAGCUGCUGGGACCGGUCAACAGGUCGAACUCGAUGACCUUGGUCUCGUGAAACGGUAUAACUUGGGAAAGGCAGCAGGGCACGCCGCUACGUACAACGACGCAAUGAUUAUUAACCUCGCUUUGACGCAUCCCAAGACUCGGUUCUAUCACGCAUUUCCCGGACUAGUCGACACGCCGAUAAUGAAAUCGUUUCCUAGCAUCAAUUUUCUUUAUCCCGUACUCAAAUUUCUGACCAAACCUUUGCUAAUAUUCUAUGGUGGAGGAUGUGGACGAAGGAAACUCCGUGGACAACCGGUGAUCACCAGAUCAAUCAUCGAGGGGAAGAAGUCGCACAUAAUCGAUACGCGACGGAAGAAACCGUGA